AAUACACUCCGAUGGAGUAGAGUCGUCGACAAAGCCGUAAUUUAGGAACGACAUCACUUUGUGUGUGUGCGGUUUGAUAGCAGGGGAAGCGGCGUGAGCUUCACUCAGCUAACAGGAGCUAACAGGAGCUAACGGCAGCUAACUCACCUGGUUAACCAGCCGUCCUUCUCUCCGGGGGUUCAUUGUUCAGUCGCUCAGGUUUUUGGGACAUUCUUUGUGUAUUUCUCCCUUUUUUUUGCUAGAAGUAGGUUCCCAAUAGCCAGCCACCAUGGGGAAUAUGUUUGCGGGGCUCUUUAAAAUGUUCGGGAAGAAGGAGAUGAGAAUACUGAUGGUGGGUCUGGAUGCUGCAGGAAAGACAACUAUUUUAUACAAACUUAAGCUUGGAGAGAUUGUGACAACCAUCCCUACAAUAGGUUUCAAUGUGGAGACUGUAGAGUACAAGAACAUCAGUUUUACAGUUUGGGAUGUCGGUGGUCAAGACAAAAUCCGACCGCUGUGGCGCCAUUACUUCCAGAACACUCAGGGUCUCAUCUUUGUUGUGGACAGCAAUGACAGAGAGCGAUGUGCCGAGGCCCGUGAAGAGCUCUUGAGAAUGUUGGCAGAAGAUGAACUGCGCGACGCUGUAUUAUUAGUGUUCGCCAACAAACAGGACCUUCCAAAUGCAAUGAAUGCUGCGGAACUCACAGACAAGCUGAAUCUUCACUCCUUGCGUAACAGAAACUGGUACAUCCAGGCAACCUGUGCCACCACAGGAGAUGGUCUUUAUGAAGGACUUGAUUGGCUGUCUAAUCAGCUCAAGAAUCACUAAUAAGAGCAUUUAAAAAAAAAAACUUCUUGUGCUUCAACCAAUCCUUGACCUUCCUCUUCACACUUUUCACAAAGUUGUUGCAAAACUGAGUCACCCUGUGCUCAAAGCUACCCUCACCUCAGCUUUUAUUACACGUCAGUGGUGGGAUUCGUCUAUUCUUGUAAAACUUCUCGUUAUUUUGCUUUCCUGUUUUGUGUAAAUGUAAAUACGUUUGGUAACGGGGGUAGGUUAUUGCACUCUUGUAAAUUCUUUUGUUUCUUUUCUUCUUGGCUGUCAGUCAGCCAUGUGUGCAGUGAACAAUAAUAAUAAUUAUAAUAUUAAAAGGGAGGAAAAUCAUUUACCAGCGCAUUUCUGUCCCACGACCUCAAGUCAAUCAUAACGUUUCUGAUCAUGUACUGUAGUAAGUGAUCACUGAGGGGAUUCUCAUAAUAAACUGAAUUAAUACACUGAUGCACUACUGGUAGCUACUAUGGUAACUUUAAACUGAUGACAUGCAACCUCCCUGAAAUUGAUCAUUUACACUGACAUCAACUUUUUUUUUUUUUUUUUUUUUCCUCAUCACUCCUGCCUGUGAACACAUACCAGCCUUUUAUUGUAAGACAUGUUAGGAAAAAAAUGCUGCAGUGAUUACACACCUACCUGCUCUGUUGUAGUUGGGAAGGUGGCGAACUGGAUAAGCCUUUUAUAUUUCAGGGUCUCAGGUUGGUCAUGUGUUGCUUUUGCAGUAAUGUGAGAUGUCCUUAAAAGACAUGUAUACACACUGGUGUUAACGUCAUUAAACAGCAAAGGAACUAUUACUACACUGAGUACUAAUUUAUGUAGCUCUACACUUAAACUUUGAGUACUUCCAGCUCUGAUUUAGUGCCCUUGUUAAAGGCAAAGCAGGUCAUGGCAUUUUCUUUUGCUCUUCAACUCAGUCUGGGAAAUAGGACUGACAGCAAUGCCAAAAUCAGCUGCAUGUAUUACCUGUUUUCUCAGCAUUUAAUUCUAAAAGAUGUGGGUAUUGUUAUUGGUGCAUUUUACACCUUAUUUACUUAAUUUGAUGUUUUGAUUUUUCUUCAGUUUGCUAAUGUUUUUGUGUAAAGCUUUGUGUGUUUUGGGGUAAAAACACUGCGAUUAAAUGAAUUGGAUAAAAA